GUUGUUGACUUUCGACUUCACAUCUCCCUCCCACCGCGUGGGGACUCGCCCCGCAAUGGCUUCAUCGUCAGAUUCGUCCCCAUCCGACGAUGUGGACACAAAAACCAUCUUCUCUUAUCUGUUCCAGGUGGCCUACAACGAGGUGAUCCCCCAGCAAGCGCAACACACGGCGCGACUCCGGGUAAUCGCUCAGCGCAUUCCUCGCGACGACCAUGCAGUAUCUCUUGCCAACGCCGCUCUCAGCAUUUACGAUGGCCCCGACGAAUGGCUGUCUGCAGAGCUGCCUGCUCACUACGGCGCAGCUGCAGUCAGAGAUCGUUCUUUGAAGCCCCCUGGACUGCUGCCCGAACUGUGGCUGACAAUACUGGAUCAUGUGUUGGAUUGGGACCCGGUCAGUCGGCACACUACCCUUCUUUCUCUUUGUUUAUCUAGUCCGGGGUUGCGAUCUCUGGCCCAGCCUGUUCUCUGGAAGAACCCUCGCGACUUGGACACGAUUCAACGCCAGCUUCGCUUCCGGUAUGCGGUCGCCCUGCGCCCUGACAUUGCGGCCACGGUCAAGAAGCUCAGCCUCUUGUGGAACCUGUAUGGCGUCAACAACGAUCUGAUCGUCUCGAUCUUACGCGGUUGCUCCGGCGUAAAGUCGCUGUCCUUACAACGAGUCAGCCGCGAUCUUCCAGUGUCUGAUGACUGGUUCUCGCACCACGACGCGGAAGCGUUUUGUCAAAUGUGCGAGAGCCUCCCGCGACUGCGAUCGCUGUGCUUUCGUAGCGGAACUGAUCUGGGGUGGUGCGAUACUGGCGAGGAGAUUGAAAGACGCUGUGCCACAACAUUUGCCAGCCUCGAUCAUCUCACUCUGGAGGGUCGUGAGUGGCUCACUGGGCCGUCGCUCAAGCACAUCUCCCGCCUCACCUCCAUCUCGAUCGACACAGAUGGCCAUCACGGUGCCUUGGAACAGAUUGCCAAGAGAUGUCCACAGCUGCAGGAGGUUUCGAUCCCAAGUCCUGCCUUCUGUCCGGAAGAUAUCAUCGACCUUUCACAUUUCUCACCCAACCUACGCAGGCUCGCCUUCUGUGGCCUCUGGAUCGAGGAAUCGCCUAAUAUCUCGGCAUCCGUUCUUCCGCGCGUUCUACCGCACUGGCCUCUGCUUGAAAAGCUAGAUAUUGGCAUAUUCUACCAAACCACUUCUUCCUGUCUGCAAGCGCUAGCUUCUCCCAGCAUGGCGUCCCUGCGCUAUCUUGCCCUAAAUCACAUUGAUAGGUCCUCCGACGUCACGGAGCAAUUGAUUGUCGCCGUUAUUCGACGACACGCGUCUACACUGACCUUUCUAUCCCUCAAUUACUUCUCUGCUCUGUAUACCGACGAGGUCUUGUCGGUUUGUGCGUCGGCAUCGCGGCUGAAGAUCCUUCAUCUCCUUAAAUGGCCUCGUCGGCCGGGUGACGAUGCGCCGUCGGUCCAAUACCCUGGAGUGGACGCAGCCGCGAUAGACAGUCUACUGGAUGCAUGUCCCAAGCUACUCUACAUAUCUAACCUCCUCCGCCGUCGCUCCGCCACUCCAGAGCGCUGGCUUGCGCGUAAGCGAAUCUUAGAGCAGCUCAAGUACCCGGAGUGGGAAAACUUCUACCGGGAAUAUCAAGACGAAGUGGACUAUGAUCCGGAAUGAAGCCUUGACGACAAUGCGGCGACUAGAAAUGCCUUUCUGCUAUCUUGUUUGUCAUGUUAUUUAUGUGGGUAGACUUGUUCCAGAAUAUUCAUAUGUCAUAUGGACGUGUCUCAUCCAUCAUCUGUUCGUGCACUCUUGUCAGCAUGACGUGUGCAAAUGUUAAGGAACCUCCAGCUUCAUGAGUGGCAAGAUUCAUUCU